AUGAUGAACUCGCGAGAGAUAGCGUUAGUUUCAACCGCCACAAUUUUUGGUGCGGUGGCCUCGGCAAUCGUAUUUCGCCGAUUUUUCUACUCCAAUCGCCCCAACAAGCGCUUAUCAGCAAACUGCGUCGUUGAUGGGAGGAAACCCUCUCCUCAGAACCCAUUUGAUCCCACCAAACGAAAAGGAUAUUUGUCAUGGGAUGAUUAUUUUAUGGCUAUUGCAUUUCUCUCCGCUGAACGAUCCAAGGAUCCUAACAGGCAGGUUGGAGCUUGUUUGGUGAGUCAAAAGGGCAUCAUUCUUGGCAUCGGCUACAAUGGUUUCCCACGUGGUUGUUCAGAUGACAAGCUUCCAUGGUCUAAGAAAUCCAAAAAUGAUGAUCCCUUGGAGACAAAGUACCCUUAUGUAUGCCAUGCUGAAGUAAAUGCUAUCUUGAAUACAAAUCAUGCAUCUGCUGCAGGACAAAGGCUUUAUGUUACAAUGUUUCCUUGCAAUGAAUGUGCCAAGAUAAUUAUUCAGUCAGGUGUCUUGGAAGUUAUCUAUUAUGUGGAAAAGAGAUUGGUUAAUUCGGAAACUGCCUAUGCAGCUUCUCACAAACUUCUAUCCAUGGCUGGUAAGGAGACAUCAACCACAGAUGGAUCAGAUUUUGAUCAAUUUCAAGGAGUACUAGAUGUUCCUCAAAUGGCUGCAGUUGCAUGCAUGAACAGAAGCAACCAUACAAGACUGAGAGUGAUUGCUGCUUGCUAUGAAAGAGGGGAUGGAUGCCUAACGAAGUACAGGGUAGGAUUUCAAAGCUACAAUAGUUACCAUGUCCGGAGUUUAUAA